AUGUGUGACCCCAAGGAGCCGGGUGACCCCGAAGAGGAGAUGUUUGGGGGCCAGAGAACAACUAAAAAGUACACGGGACUACUCAGGAGCUCAAGGAGCUUGCCAGGGUGUCUGACCCAGGCCCAUCUGCCUCUGCUGCUUCUUCUCAUCUCUUUGGGUUUCUUCAUGCUCCUGGUGACCACCCUGGUUCAAGUCUCCAGGAUUCGCCAAUCCCUACAGAAAGAGACAUGGGACCAUCAAGAGAACCCCAGUCAAGUGGAUGUCUCUCAGAAGCGGACACGAUCAGACCUGGAUGAGAUCCUCCAGCAGCUAACCUGGAUGAAUGCCACCCUGGCUGGCCUGUGCCGCCCCUGUCCCUGGAAAUGGGAACUCUUCCAGGAAAGCUGCUACUUCUUCUCCCAGACCCAAAACACCUGGAAAGAGUCCAUCUCUGCAUGUCAGAACUUGAGGGCCCAGCUGGUGAUCAUCAAUAGCACAGAGGAGCAGAAAUUUCUGAAGUCUUGGAAUACGAGAAAUAACCAGCGCACCUGGAUUGGUCUCAGUGACCACCACAAUGAGGGUUCCUGGAAAUGGGUGGACAACACUCCCCUCCAACUCAGCUUCUGGAAAGAAGGGGAACCCAACAACCAUGGAGACGAGGACUGUGUAGAAUUGUACAGUGAUGGCUGGAACGAUAACAGAUGUAGUACGGAAAACUUCUGGAUCUGCAAGAAGCCCUCGUCCCCCUGCCCUGGCCCCUGA